AUGUUCUCGCGCAGUGUAUUAUCAACGGGCCUUCGCCCAGCAGCUCAAGCUGCAAAGAUCUCCCAGGCCCCAUUGGCCCGUAGACAUAUCUCAGUCUACGGCUAUACGCAGGCAAAGGCCCUCAUCUACGGCAAAUACGGCGAGCCCAAAGAUGUCCUCCGCCUCCACAAGCACUCUAUCUCCGCGCCCCAUGCGACCCAGGUCAAUCUGCGCAUGUUGGCCGCGCCCAUGAACCCAGCAGACGUGAACCAGAUCCAAGGCGUCUACCCCAGCAAACCGCCCUUCCAAUCAGCCCUUGGCAACGCCGAGCCCGCCGCUGUCGGCGGAAACGAAGGCGCCUUUGAGGUGCUGUCCACCGGCGCGGGCGUCAAGAACCUCAGCAAAGGCGACUGGGUGAUCAUGAAGCAAACCGGCCAAGGCACCUGGCGGACACACGCACAGCUGGACGAGUCCCAGCUCAUCAAGAUCGAGAACAAGGACGGUCUGACGCCGCUGCAGGUCGGUACCAUCAGCGUCAACCCAGUCACAGCGUACCGCAUGAUGCGGGACUUCUGCGAGUGGGAUUGGAUGCGCGCGGGUGAGGAGUGGAUGAUUCAGAACGGCGCGAACAGUGGUGUUGGCCGUGCGGCGAUUCAAUUUGGUCGCGAGUGGGGUAUCAAGACGCUGAACGUGAUUCGCCAGCGGAAGACGCCUGAGGAGACCGAUGCUCUGAAGAAGGAGCUUAAGGAUCUUGGUGCGACGGUCGUCAUCACCGAGGAGGAGAUGUUGACUGGUAACUUCCGGGAUAUGGUUCAUGAAUACACACGCCAGGGCCGAGAGCCCAUUCGUCUUGCUUUGAACUGCGUUGGUGGAAAGAAUGCUACCGCUCUGGCGAAGACGCUGGCUCCUGAUUCGCACAUGGUGACCUACGGAGCCAUGUCGAAGCAGCCCGUUGCACUGCCCUCGGGUCUUUUGAUCUUCAAGAAUCUCACGUUUGACGGAUUCUGGGUCAGCAAGUGGGGAGACCGGAACCCGAAUUUGAAGGAAAACACUAUCAAGGACGUGCUCCAGUUGACUCGCGCUGGCAAAUUCCAAGAUAUCCCGGUGGAUAACGUGGAGUGGAACUGGAACACCGAGGGCUCUGUGCUCUCUGAGAGUGUACAAGGCACUCUGGGUGGCUACCGCAGCGGCAAGGGUGUGUUCACCUUCACCGGUGGUGAUGAGUAA